AUGAAAACCGCGAUCCUUUUGUCUUCUCUUAUUGCCAGCACCCAAGGGGCCAGCACCCAAGGAACUAGAACCCAAGGGGCCACCGUCAAUAAGCGGUCUGUUGAACCAAACUGGCGUGCUAUCAACCACCAAAACAAUGGUGGAACUUUCAAGAUCCCAUUCGGAGUAUCUAAAGGUAGAUCUAAGCCUGUGAAGCGGUCAGGAACCUCAGAUAACAGAAGUUUGCGUAAACGUCACGGUGGACGUCGGUUGACGAAACGUGAUGACUCGGAAGAUGAAGUACUGGUCAGCAAUGGGAAAGAUAUGGCGUACUAUGCUAACAUUGCUCUAGGUAAUCCUCCACAGAACUUAACUGUACAAAUCGAUACUGGGUCUUCUGAUUUAUGGGUGUAUGCUAAAUCUAACCCAUACUGCUCAUCUACAACAGACGACGGCGAUUACGACGGUGAUGAUGACAGCGAUGAUGAUGAUAGUGAUGAUGAUGACAGUGAUGAUGAUGACAGUGAUGAUGAUGACAGUGAUAGUGACAGUGAUGAUGAUGACAGUGAUAGUGACAGUGAUGAUGAUGACAGUGAUGAUGAUGACAGUGAUGAUGAUGACAGUGAUGAUGACAGUGAUGAUGACAGUGAUGAUGACAGUGAUAGUGACAGUGAUAUUGAUAGUGAUAGUGAUAGUGAUAGUGAUAGUGAUAGUGAUAGUGAUAGUGAUAGUGAUAGUGAUAGUGAUAGUGAUAGUGAUAGUGAUAGUGAUAGUGAUAGUGAUAGUGAUAGUUAUGAUAUUAACAGUAAUAGCAUAGAGUCAGAGUUGGAGAGUAUUUCAGAAUACUGGAGCGAGUAUAUGGCAACAUAUGAAGUUGAUUACCUGGCCACUGCCACUUAUGAUGCAUCUGUCACAGAAGCUACAGCUGCUACUGAUGACGGUACUCAAGUUGUCAAAAGUUCUAAGACAUAUUCACAAACCACUGAAGCUGCAACCAUCACUUUGAGCGCGGUAGAAAGAACAACUUAUAUCACUCCGGUCUUUGAAAGUGACAGAACAGUGAAUUAUAUUCCUACUGCAACCGCCAGUGCUUUUAUUGAUUGUAGUGGCAGCUAUGAUCCUGAUCUCUCCGAAUCUUUCAAUAAUGACACCGAACAACCAUUCUUGUUGGGCUACGGUGAUAUGUCUUAUGCUCAAGGAAUUGUGGUUCAAGACACAUUAACUUUCAAUGAAUUUGUGAUUGAAGACUUCACCUUUGGUUUGGCAACUGCCUCCAACUCUACAGACAUGGUGUUUGGUAUUGGGUUGAUUGGGCUUGAAAAUUUGGGAACGUAUGAUAACUUCCCAUUAAGACUUGUCGAUAGUGGAUAUAUCAACAGGGCGAUCUAUUCUCUUUUCCUUGAAUCGAUGGAUGCGACCUCUGGCACUAUUAUUUUUGGUGGUGUGGACUCUGCCAAAUACACCGGCACCCUCUACACUUUCCCAAUGUUGAGUCUCGACUCCAGUUCCGAUGUGCCAACAUAUUUCUACAUCAGCACUGAUUCAAUUGACUUGACUGAUAAUAACAAUGGUUCAAUAGUCCAACAAAUCACCUAUGCUAAACACGCAAUGUUGUUGGAUUCCGGCACCUCUUAUACAUUGCUUCCUCCUAAGGCUUACGCAAGACUUGGUACUGCUUUCCCAGGAAUUUCUUACUUUGCCGAUGCUGGUGGUUAUAUUGCUAACUGUGAUCUUCUCGAUGACUAUACCUUGAACUUCCACAUCCAAGGAGUUAACUAUUCUCUCCCACUUUCAGUGUUUGGUAAGCCUGUGUCCGAAAUGGUCGAACAAAAUCUUAUAUCUGAUAUCCCUGAAUCAGAUAUUGGUGAUUACUGCUAUUUGCAAUUUGACAGUACUGAAGAUAAUACCAUUAUCGCCGGUGACUCUUUCUUGCGUUGGUUCUACAUCGUGUAUGAUUUGACUUAUUACCAAGUCCAUAUAGCCGAAGCAAACCUUCAAGGGAACACCACCGAAGAUAUUCAUGUGGUCGAGGCUUAUGAGCCUGUUCCAAAUGCGGUUCUCGCUCCAGGCUACGAAGAAGUUUAUCAAGGUACACACGCCACUUCUUCCUCUAAUGAUGAUGUUGAACCGGAGUUUACUCAUUACAUUCCUCAAGGAGCGAAAUACUUGAAAAACGGUAGUGCCAAGUUACCAAUGGGCGGAUCUUUGUGGGCUUGUGUGUUUGGGUUGAUUGCCUGGUUUAUGCUUUGA